GCUGGAGGAUGCGUCAGGCGCCACGUCUGCAGCGGCCGGACAGUGCUAGAGAGCCUACAGCCAGGGAGCCAGCCAGCGACGGAGCUCUGUGACCAGCCUAGUGCAGCGACUGGCAGUGUGAGGGAUCCCUGUGCGGAUCGUAGUGCAGCGACUGGAGCCUGGGGGUACCUGCAGCCGGUGGGUGUCGGCGGGGGGGUCUGGGUAACCUGGCUGUGUGUAUGGGGGUCAUUACAGCCAGGGGAGCAGAGAUAGGGGCUAUAGUGUGUGUGUAUUGUAUUCUACAACAUUUAGAUAUCACAGAUUGCAUCAACUGUGUUUUUAUAUAUUAUUAUAUUUAGUAUAUAUUGUAAUUAAAGGUGCAAGAGGUGAAAAAUGCACCCUGGUAGUUGAACUGGCUAUUGGCAUAAAUCAGGAUAUGUAUUUAAGAAUUAUCAUCAGUUCCCUUUAACUCUCUGCAUUAGUUGGUUAGUAAGGUUCUCUUUAUUGAUGGGGUGUUGUUUUUCAGAAUGAGUAAUACUUCAGUUUGUACAAGGUGGUUUUGUUGUGGGGAGCCAACUGAGUUUAUCACUGGAGAUGGAUUUUAAAGCUCCUAGGAAAGUUAGGAAAUGGGCCCCUUUUUUGGCUUCAUUCCCAGCGUCAUUUUACUUCUCUGUGGCACAAGUAAACUGUACACAUGGGAUAUUGUGUGACUGUUGUAGCAACUAACUAGUUAACCCUGGGGUUAUGUACUCCCCAUCUUCACCUGUGUGCGCUGUUUUCAGUAUUAAAAACUCCAUGCACUGUUAAAACAUGCUCUUUUUUUUCUAUCUGUUUAAUCGACUUGGACGAGGCUUGCAAUCUACUUGCUUGUGCAGGGAUUUAUAUUUGGAUUACGUUGCAACAUUGUAUUCAUCCUUCUUCCCAGGGAUGAUGUUUUUAGGGUUGAAGUAAAGCGUGGCAGAAUUUUGAGAAGAGGAUCAGGUUAAGCCUUUGCCACGUCACUGGAUUGAAGAAAGCCUCCCCUAUGCUUGAGAACAACCAGGUCUCCUCCCUCCCUGUUACAGACCUUUUGUUCAGCCCAUAUUUUUAUUCUCUCUCUCAUCAGACACAAAAAACAUAUCUUAUGAAAGUACACACUAUUAAACUUCUUGGAAACGCGUAUGCAGUCAUCCGUUGAUUAAAGAGUAUUAAUCAUCUGCACGGCACUUUUUUGAGAGAGUUAAAAUCUGAUUUAAAAAAAAAAAAUGCUGCCAGAUUACAAGCAAAUAUAUAAAUUCUGCAGAGGAGUUAUGCAAAUCUCCGUAAAUUAGCAGUUUAAACAAAUGCUCACUCUAUGGAUUGAGCAAAUAUUCUCUUAAAACUAGUAAAGGUUCCAAACUUUCUCUGCAAUUUAUGCACAACUCGGUGGAUGUACACCAACACUGGCUUAUAAAUAGCUCGCCCUUGUUAUUCUUACGUGUAGUCCUAUUAUUUUUCUUGUUUUUUUGUUUUUAAUUGAUAUGAUGUUUAACAUCUGCUGUUUUUCAAUGGUACUGUUUGGUUUUUUUUAUCAGAAAGCUGAUGUGUCUAAACUGAAAAAUACAGGUGGAAAUUUCGAUUGCUCUUUGUACCUGUUCUGAACAUUUUACCAUAUCUUAAUCUGGUUUCCUCUUGUGACUUUUUAGAUGGAUUUUUUUUUUCCUUGGAUGAGCAAGAGGUCAAACAUUACAAUAUCUUUCAGUACAUCUUUCAUGCUUGCAAACGUUGCCAGGGGGAGGGAAAAGUGCUGAUAACUGCUGAUUAACCCUCUACAUACCAAUAUUUACUAUGUUGAAAGUAUUUGCCGGGGACAGCAGCCAUCUUGAAGCUUCUGUGACAUACAACUUCUGUGAGAGAACUCUAUCUCUCUAUCUAUCUAUCUCCUGGUUCUAUUUAGUUUAAGGCACAUAUACAUUUGGAUGUCAGUUUUGGUGGGAUCUGUUUAUUUGUGUUUCUUUUCACAUGAGUGGUAGUUUUAUGCCAAUAUGCCUUUAGCCAUAUUCCCUUUAUUUAUAUUUUAAUCAUAAAUGCAUUCUUAUUACCAUUGCAAAAUGGACAAUGCAGUGUUUGCUGUGUAAAUUCACAUUACGGUUCUAAACUAAACUGUGAGGAAUUGCAAAUUUUAGGCCAAAAAUGCUAAAUAGUCUUGGCUAUUUGGGCUUAACAUUUGCAGCUUCUACAUUUUAGUGAAUAACCCUCCUCAAUUAUCUUGUUUUAGUUUUACAUUUAUAUACUGAUCUUUAAAAUGAGCUGUGCGGAAGACACUGUGAGAAAGUUUUCUUUAAUAAUGUAUGUUUAAAGAUUACUUGUCAUGUGAGUUACAUUGGCUAAAAUGUAGUAGGCAAAAUCCAUUUACACAUUAUAGGUAAUAGUAUGAAAUAGUUUGAUUUGCCAUGAAGUCACUAUUUUGGUUUAAAUGUGUGGUGGUGGUGACUUCAUUUAUAGCUUAUCUACUAUUGUACCAUUACCUUGCUAUGAAGGACACCAGUGACAAUCCUCAGAUAAUGCAGUGUAUCGGCCCAUUUGAAAGCAAUUCUGCAUUGUAUUCUUAGAACAUUCCACCCCUCCACUGUCCUAGUUUUGGCAGGUAUGUGUAUGUCUGCCAACAUAUACCCAGCACCCCGGUGAUGUCCGCAAGCAAUGCAAGGAAAGUGCCAAUUUGCUCAUGAUUUAUCAACUGAUCUUGUCCUCAUCAUGUGUUUUACGUGGCUAUAUAAAUUUGUACAAUGGAAAAUGUGAACAUUUUAAAUACUAUUUGCAGCUGUUAUUUACUUGGCGAAGGCUUCUUUAAAUGGUCUAUGACGGUGUUGCUUUUUUUACAGGCCAUACAGCAGUUGAUGAUAGGAUCUGUUCUUUGUCUCCUGAGGGAUUAUAGCUUCUGUAUUGCUGUGUAAUUACAUGUGUUUUGCUGCUUGCAAUUGUUAGCUUUCAUAUUUUCCCCUUCUUUAAUUUACCCUGCAUUCAUAAUUUUAAUAUUACAUUGAAAAUGAAUCUCUUGUGUGCUUGUCUUUUUUUUAUUUUUUAUUAUUUAUUUAUUUAUUUUUAGGAAUAAUGAAUCAGACCGACAAAACUGAAGAAGAGGUCCCAUCUUAUCUGCGAGAUGAGGCACCAGAAGGUAAUCUUUAGCAUUUUUUUUCCUGCAAAAAGUUUUAUUUGACUUUCAUAAAAUAAAAUAUCAAUCCUAACAGACUAACUAUUGUUUUAUUAUUUAUUCAUUUGAUUGUUAGAUUUGAGGGCUUUCAAGGUUAGAUGUGCUUGCCUUCCAGCACUUUGUCCUGUUGGCCUUCCACCUUAGCGGAGAUUAUCAAGAUUGAUGGUGUCAGCCAAUCCAAUGUUUUCACAUGUGGAAACAUUGGGAGGCUAGUGCAUAUGCACAGCAAAACACUGUGGUGCGCCUAACCGAUCUCUAUGAAGCCAUCUAAUUGAAAUAGAAACGUUUUACUCUAUUUCAGCACUAGAGUCAUUUAAACCAGUUGCCAUUUCUGCAAUGUUUUCACAUCUGGGUUAAAACAACAGGGACAUAGCACCCAGAUAACUUAAUUGAGCCUAUGGUGUUCCUUUAAGGACGCAAGCAACUUGGACAUUUUUGCCGUGUGUGUUUAACCACAAUUACCAUCUUUCUUAUUUAUUGAACCAAAACAUUCUAAAUACUGGUUUUCUUUUUUUUUUAUUUUUUUUUUUUUUAUUUGUUUAGCUACAAAAAGGUAUGUUAAGGGAUCCUAUAGUUUAAGGAAUACAAAUAACCUAGGCAAAAAUAAUGCAGGUUUAGUUACAGUAUAUAAUCAUACAUUGCAUAAGCCCCCACAAGCCUGCUGCAACAUCAGUGUACCCCAUUCUUAGUCUUAGCAGGUCCUAUCCUAGCAACCUAAUGCCUGAUUUUAUGAGAUUAAUCCAUUUAUUGUGGAAAUGCUUCCUCCUGGGACUCUGCAGGGCAAGGUAAAAUAGUGCCCUGGAAAAAGGCACUUGUGACAAGGAGGGGUGCAAAGCCAGAGAGAGAGAGAGUUUUAAACCCCAAAUUGUGACUUUAAAUUACCACAUGAAAUCAGAGACUCUCACCUCUAUAGUCACAGCUCGGCAACAUGGAGGGUUUCACCUAUAAGGACAGGAAGCUGGUAGUACAUAAGGACACACUGGAUUAUUAUAACUCAUCCCUCUUUCCUGUAAUUGUCCUAGCCGGUAUCUAAAAAUUAAGUACUGUUUGACACUCAUUCUUGAUAGCCAUCAAUAAUUGAAAGUUAAUUUACAGACACCCUUUAUUGGUUUCUCUCUCUGGCUGCUUAGGGGGUGCACUUUCCCUGGUGCACCCAUCUGGAUCCAUUCCUGGAGUGUGGUCUGCACCACAGUAAUCGAUCCUUCGUGGCCAGGCACUCAGUGAGUCAGAGCUGACAGGAUUCCCAGCCUGUGCUCUGACUUGAUGAGUGCUGGAAUGCAUGGGAGAGAUCACAGCACUAGCUCCUGUGGCAGGACUUAAAGGACCACUAUAGUGCCAGGAAAACAUACUCGUUUUCCUGGCACUAUAGUGCCCUGAGGGUGCCCCCACCCUCAGGGUCCCCCUCCCGCCCGGCUCUGGAAGGGGGAAAGGGUUAAAAACUUACCUUUUUCCAGCUCUGGGCGGAGAGCUCUCCUCCCCCGAUCCUCCUCCUGGGCUGAAUAUGCGCGCGCAUUCAGCCCGUCGCAUAGGAAAGCAUUUAGAAUGCUUUCCUAUGGACGCUGGCGUGCUCUCACUGUGAAAAUCACAGUGAGAAGCACACAAACGCCUCUAGUGGCUGUCAGAGACAGCCACUAGAGGAUUAGAGGGAAGGCUUAACCCAUUAAUAAACAUAGCAGUUUCUCUGAAACUGCUAUGUUUAUUAAAAAAUGGGUUAACCCUAGAAGGACCUGGCACCCAGACCACUUCAUUAAGCUGAAGUGGUCUGGGUGCCUAGAGUGGUCCUUUAAAGCUCCAAAUAUCUCCAAGUCCCUGGCAUCCGGUGAUAGGAAUUCCUGAUGUUUCUACUCCUGUAAAAAAAAAUCCCCAAUUAUAUUCAGCUUCAUCAAAUUGGUUCAUCUUUUGAGAUCAAGGAGUACAACUGACACUAUCCUGUGAAGCUACAAUGACCUAUAAUUAACCUGAGCAUUUAAAAUUUUACAGUUCAAAUCUGUUUUGUUUGUUUAAAGUUCUAUAACAGUUUGACUGUUCAUAUUAUUCUACAAAGGCCUACCAUUUCAGAAAGUAGACACUUCAGGGUGUCUCAUAUGACAUAUAUUGUGCUUACAUUUUUUUUCUACAGUUUGUGGUAAAAUUGUUUUUGCAUUUUUUUUAAGAUACACGUCAUUUUGUAAAUCUGAAAAACCAGAAUAAUGCAAAGUCAGCUUUAUUUUACAAUACAAUGCUAUAUAUAUAUAUAUAUAUAUAUAAUCUAUCAAAAAAAAAAAAAGCCAAACAACCAAGUGAUAACACUAUACGCAAUUCAAAGAAAUAGUCUGCCAAAUUGAGACGUUAGUCACAAGACCAACCCCCAACUUUUGGCACGCUCAGGUGUCUUUGGGCACUUGUCGGUGCAUUGGUGAUAGGUCUGUGUUUUUGUACUGUGAGUGCUAGUGCAGAGCAGAUUCUUUUACCGUGUGUUUUUGCUAGUGAUGUAGUGUGUGUGUUUGUAAGGAAUGUAUUUUGAGCUGAUGAUGCAGUGUGCAUGUGUGUGGUGGAUGUAGUAUGAGAUAUGGAAGGGGUCAGAAACCUGCGACACUUGUGCCAUGCACAGUGCUCAAGACUGCCAUAGUCAAAAAUUGUGAUUGAAAACCCCUUCCACCUUAAUGUCUGUGGAUAGUAAAUACAAUGUUAAACAAAAAUCUGCACACCAAUCAAGCCAUAAGACUUGCUUUUCCCACAGGAAUAAUAAAUUUGCAGUGAUAUUACUCCUGCAAAGGAUUCUGGGUGGACAUAUGCAAAUUAGUUUAACAAAGAAUCGCAUUUUUGCCUCAUUCCAUUUUAAACAUGAAUUCCUUUGAGUCUGUGUUUGCUGUAUACAACAGCUUUUGAAAUACAACUUUGGAAAAGAUGCAAAGCCAGUGAACCACUCAUGGACAGCUGUUUCAUUGUUAAUGCAAAUCAUCAGCAUUAGGUUGGCUGCUGGCUGGCUAGUGAGGCUUGGCUGUACUUGCAAAGCAAAAAACAAAAAAAGGUAUGGUGGGGAAAAACACCUUCACCUGAAGUCUGUGGAUAGUUAAAGGACCACUAUAGGUACAAGACCACUUCAGCUUAAUAAAGUGGUUUGGGUGCCAGGUCCAGCUAGGGUUAAUCCUUUUUUCUAUAAACAUAGCAGUUUCAGAGAAACUGCUAUGUUUAUAAUAGGGUUAAUCCAGCCUCUAGUGGCUUAAAAAUGCUUUCCUAUGGACUUGUCGAAUACGCGCGCGGCUCCUGCCGCGCAUGGGCGUUCAGCCAAUGACGUCGCUAUGGAGGAGGAGGAGGAGGAGGAGGAGGAGGAGGAGAGAUCCCCGCCCGGCGCUGGAGAAAGGGGUAAGUUUAACCCGUUCCUCUCCAUCCAGCCCGGCGGGAGGGGGACCCUGAGGGUACUAUAGUGGUCCUUUUUAAUACAAUGUUAAACCAAAAAAAAAUAAUAAUAAAAAUAAAAUGUAUAUUUUUUUCUUUAUAAACCUGUGUUUACAAUUGUUGUAUUUAUUUUUUAAACCAGCUUGUUUGUAUCCUCGAGCAGACCGUCAAUAAAUACAUUUAAAUAGUCCCUCCUCCUUCCCCAUUAAAACCCCGGACCCCAGGAACGUCAGUAUUCUUUCUUGUCCCAUUCAGGAUGAACACGCUGACUGUUCUUGGAAGUCUGAGGCGCACAGGCUGCUGUCUGGUGGGUAUUGGGCCGAUAGCUCCCUGGAAGGUGAGCGGAGUGCCACACUCUGCGUCCUAGUUACAGAGCAAGCAGGAGAAUCUGCCUUCUUAUGCCGUGUGGAGACCCGCAAUGGGUAAGAGGUGGUCUGCCAAUGGAAUUGCAAGCUCGGAGCUUGCGCACAGCAGUGGAAAGCACGCCCGGGUGGCCUUGCGUUCCACCACCGUUCCAAAUGCGCUACAUGCACAAUUCAGAACUUGAAAUUUCGGUGCCAAAUUCACAAAAUGGUGACCAUUAAAGCUGUGCAAACAUGCUUGUUGUCUGGAGAAGGAAUACUGUGUCACCAGCCCGCCCACAUGGUUCAGAGGUCUUUAAGGUAUGAGAUGUUUUAUCUUUUCAUUAAAGGCAUAAUUUUUUUUAUUUAUUGCAGAUGUCUAGCCCAUUGUCUCUUAAAGAAUUAGACAAGGAGAAAAUGUCGGCACCUGCACCCAAGAAGGCUAUGUUUAAAACAAAACUCCUACUCUGAAUGCGCUACUCCACUCCCUGAUGGAUGCAAAAAGAAAAUGUGCAAAAGCUGCACUUCUGAAAAUUUGGAGAAAUCUUUCCAGGGUAAACUUUCCCAAACAUUUAAAUCUUUUAAAGAAUCUGCUAAAAUGCAUGUUCCUUCUCAAGAGAAGCAUUCAAUGAAAUGUGAGAAAGAUCUCCCUCAAUGUCCGUAUUAUCAUCAUGGGGAAUGCUCUGAUACUGCAUGCUCAUCAAAUUCUAGCAAGGCAUCUAGUGUGGAAGAAGGUUUUUUUCCUGUCGAACACCUGAAAAUGUUAGAGGUAUCGGCAGUGUUAUCUGAGGACGAUGCCAAAAAAAGAAGAUAAAGGGUUUUCCGAUAGACCUGAAGUUAUUAGAAUGUGUGCAUAGAGAAUGGAAAAAUCCUGAGAAAAGGGCAUUCAUUUCCAAACAUUUUAAGCAGCUUAUCAGACUCCAAGAAGGUUUAACCCCUUAAGGACCAAACUUCUGGAAUAAAAGGGAAUCAUGACAUGUCACAUAUGUCAUGUGUCCUUAAGGGGUUAAGUUGGGAAGAACUACCAAAGGUAGAUACACAAAUGUUGCAACUGUCCAAAAAGACCACACUACCCAUCAAUGAAGUAUUUGGCCAAUGGACAGAAGAGUGGAAAUGUCCUGCAGAAUAAUCUUCCAAACAGCAGGGUUUCAAAGUAAAGCUGCUAUUGCGGGAGUAUUACAUAGUUACAUAGCUGAAAAGAGACUUGCGUCUAUCAAGUUCAGCCUUCCUCACAUUUGUUUUUUGCUGUUGAUCCAAAAAAAGGCAAAAAAACCCAGUUUGAAGCACAAUUUUGCAACAAGCUAGGAAAAAAAUUCCUUCUUGGCUCCACAAUGGCAGUCAGAUUCAUCCUUGGAGUAUCUGUCAUGAGAGCACAGAAAGUUUGGCUUCAAGAAAUUGAGAGCAGCCUGAAGGAAGGAUUGGAAAAAGAAAUUCCUCAACUUUUACAUAAUAUAAGGUUGGCUAGUGAUUUUAUGCAGAAUCAGUGGAAGGCCUGAAACUGUCGACAUGUUCAAUGGGACUUCCUUCAGUAGCCAGAAGGGCUGUUUGGCUGCGUUCAUGGUCCACUGAUCCAGCAUCAAAGACUUCUUUAUGUGAACUACCUCUACAAAGUGGAAAACUGUUUGGUUCUCAACUAGAAGCAAUGAUUAAGCAAAUGUCUGACACGAAAAGAGCUUUACCUGAGAAAAAUAGAAAUGCGCAAAAUUUUUAGAUUCCAUUAACAGCCUUGAAGAUCUGGAUAGUUUGAUAGGAACAGAUUUUAUUUAUUUAUUUUCGAAGACCAACAAAAGACUACAAGUUUCAAGACAAAAAUAAGAGGUUCUGACGCCAAAGUCAUAAGAAAGGGCUACAAAAUCAAAUUCUCAGAAACUCUGAAACCUUGUUUUCUUCUGUCCUCUUACCCAUCUCAAAAGAAAAAGGAAGCUCUUUGGUCAGAAGCAAUGGCACUGUUAAAAAAGGGUGUGACAGAAAGAGUGCCAAGACGUCAGGAAGAAAAAGGGGUAUAUUCCAGAUUCUUCCUGGUCCCAAAGUCAGAUCAGUCUGACAGGACCUAAAGAAUAUCAACAAGUAUAUUCCAUACCAGAAAAUCCAGAUGGACAUGAUUCACUCUGUCACUCACUUAUUGAACAAACUGAAUUUUAUUGCAACUUUAGACCUAAAGGACGCCUAUCUUCACGUUCCUAUGGCUCACUCCGGUUCCAGUAUCCAUCACUUCCAAUUCAAUGUCCUUCCCUUCAUGCUCGCAUCAGCCCCAAGAAUGUUUACCAAAAUCUUAACUGCAAGAUUUAGGGAAAUGGGUGUUUCUUUACUCCCAUAUCUGGACGACUGGAAUCCAGAAGAAAGAAAAAACUUUUUUCUAAUUGCAAAGAGCACAAAGCAGUCUGGUAUGCCCUAGUAAACUUUAAACAUUGGAUUCUGAACAAGGCAGUAAAGAUACAGUCGGACAACAGCACGGCGGUAGCAUAUAUCAACCGUCAGGGAGGUACUAGAAUCAGAGGCCUGCAUGUUCUUUGUGGGGAGAUUAUGAUUUGGUCACAGAGGCACUUGGAAUCUAUUUCAGCGGUUCACAUAAAAGACGAACAAAAUGUGGUAGCAGACUACCUCUGCGGGAACAAAUGGUCACAAACAAAGUCUUCGCAGAAUUAGUGGAAAAAAAAUUCAAUCUUCCGGUAAUGGAUCUAACGACAAGGAGAUGGAACAAAAAAGUGCAGAAGUUUGCUUCCCUGUUCAGACAGGACACCCCUCAGGUUCUGGACAGCAUGUCGAUCCCCUGGUGUUUCAGUCUAGCAUACCUUUUUCCUCCUAUCUCAAUGAUCCUGAGAUCUUUGCAGAAGAUCAAUGCAGAACAAGCUCGAGUGAUUGCUGUCCUCCCAUACUGGCCAAACCAGAGCGAUUUCUCGGCAUUGAGACUUAUGGCACUGGACUACUGAGACUUUUUUUAUUCUCAGAUCAACUCCUGGAAAAUGUUUGUUCUUCCGGAAAAAAACUAUUUGCAUGUUCAGAUUGACGGCCUGGCUGUUGCAAGGUUAAUUUGAGGAUUUGGAACAAAUUUCUCCAUUGGUGUGUUCAGCAUAAUUGCUUUUAUUGCUGUCCCUCUGUCAAGACAAUUCUUCAGUUUCUGCAAAAAGGCUUUGAAAACGGUCUGUGUGUCUACUUUAACCUCUUAAGGACGAAACUUCUUGAAUAAAAGGGAAUCAUGACAUGUCACACAUGUCAUGUGUCCUUAAGGGGUUAAAGGUUUAAAGCCAUUUUUUGCUGCAAGAGUUUGCAACAUUGAGGAGAUCCAAGCCAUUUACAUUUUAUUGGAAUUCAUGAUUUUCCAUCAGGACAAGGUUGUGCUGUAUACUAAGCCUUCUUUUUUACAGAAAGUUCUUUCAAGAAAAUAUCUUAAUGAAUGUCUGGUGCUUCCAUUAUUCUGUAGUUCAGAUCAAGAACGGAAGUGGCAUAACCUAGAUGUUCGCAGAGCUCUUCUGAUUAUUCUUUAUUAAUUUUCAGGGAAAAAAGAGUAUGGGAGCAUCUAAACCCACUCUGGCGAGGUGGUUAAUGGACACCAUCAAGUUGUCUUAUGACUUGCAUGAUGUUAAAUUACCUUCCUCCAUCAGAGCACUCAACCAGAGCCAUGUCCACUUCAUGGGCUGAAAAAUCCAACGCCUCUCCUGAACACAUCUGCAAUGCGACAACAUGGUCCUCUUUUCAUACAUUCAAGCACUGUUGUCUAGACAUCUUCUCGUCCUCUGAGGCUGCUUUUGGGGGAAAGGUUCUGCAAGCUGUAGAUAGCUGAGGCCCACCCUUUUAAUGUCCCAGGGAUCUUGUUAUAUCCCACUGGUACUGCCACUAUAUGCCAGGAAAAACAGAAAUUUUACUUACCGUAAAUAAUUUUUUCCUUAAUAUAGUGGCAGUAUGAUUCCCUCCCUCUUUUGAUAAUACAUUUUAUAUUGAGCAUGAUAUGGCCUAUUGUGUCUUUUCAUUUACUUAUGGUCCUGAGGUAAGUCUGGGGUUUUAAAGGUGGAGGAGGGAUUAUUUAAAUGUUUUAUUUAUUGACAGUCGGCUUGUCCAUCAAGAGGAUACAAACCCACUGGUACUGCCACCAUAUUAAGAAGCAAAAAAUUUACGGUAAGUAAAAUUUCUGUUUUCCACAGCAUUCUUUUCUCAUAUUGUCAAUGUUGCCAGUACUAGAGGAGGGCACUGUACAAUAUAAUAGUCCACAUACGCACUAAUGUAUCGCUACAAAGCAACUGCAGCACUCCUAAAUAACACAAAGCAAAAAAAAGCAACCUACACACCUCAAUUUAAAAAAAAUAAUAAAAAUAAAUAAAGAGGAUUGGCACGCCAAGGGAUUUCAAAAUCUUGUUUUGGCAUAGUACUAUUAAAUGGUUGCCUACCCUUUAGAUUGGGGAUGCAGGAUGCGAUAGCUCCACUCCUCACGUCUUAUCUCCCGACUGCCAACUCCUACGUCAUGGGGCUCUUGAUGCCUGUUUAGCCAUUCGGGUGGCCAGCUACAGCAUGCAGAUAAUGAGAUACAAAGGGGGAUUCUGCCACACUGAUCUAGGAGACAGCUGAGCCAACUCACCGCGUUGCCACAAAGUAAACAAACAACUGAAGUUUCUACACGUACGGCAGGUAAUAUUGGCAUGCCAGAACUUCAAUGAGAACCUAAGUGUAUAUAUCCCUGAUUCCCAGGGCUAAUAAGUCUAACUUCUGCUUUGGGGACCCAGGGCAUUUCAGGUACCAACUUGGGGCUCUAGGCUAGGUCAGUCCCCCUCACACCCUCUGAUGCCUUUGAACCUGACUAAUUCAGUUUUUACAGUUGGAAUUUUUUAGAUGGAUUUGUUGGACCUAUGUCUAAUUUUGAAACCUCUGAACAGUUGGAACACUAAUUCUCACUAACACUCAAACCCCAGAAUAAAAUUAGAGGGAUACAGUGCAGAGCUCUCUGAUUAUUCUGUUAUGGAUCCUUAAAGAAAACCAUAGUGUUCAGAAUAUAAACGUGUAUUAUAAUAGUUCUAUAGGGCUGGAGUAAACAUUUAGGUAUCUGGGCCUCCCUCUCUGUGGCUUUAAAAGGUAUUUUACAUACCGUUUCUCCCUAAAUGCCCUUCAUUCAUUGCUGAGGUCAUACAUUUUUUUCCAAUCCAGUGAUUUCCCAGAAAGCAUUGUGAGGCUAUUGCACAUGCGCGGUAAAAUGCAGCACUGCACCAAUCAGGAUCACCUUCUAGAGAUGCACUGAAUCAAUACAUCUCUAUGGAGAAUGGUCAGUAUCUCCAUGCAGAGCGUGAUUGUGUAUAUGUGUGAUUAUUUGUAUGUCUGUGUGUGCAUAUAUAUGAUUGUGUGUAUGGGUCUGUGUUUGUGAUUUUGUGUGUGUUUAGUAGAUAGCUCCCUAAUUUGGUUUUCUUAAAUAUUGCAAUCCCACAUAAGGAUAACAUAAGGGAGUUAUCUACUAAAUAAAUUAAAUAUCCAAAUUAAGAGAGGUGCUUUUAAAGUUUUAUUAAAUGUAUUCUAUAUUUUAUGUGUGGUUCAAGACAAUUACUCUUAGCUCAAUGUGGCUCAAGGAAGCGAAAAGGUUUGAGAACCCAUGUUUUAAGGGUAACAAUAUGCAAAAAAAUAUUAUUUUUUUUUAAUAUGCAUUCUUAUUUUUUUUAUUUUAUUUUUUGCGCUUUUAAGACAUUCAAAACAUAUACAUUACAUCAUUAUGCCAUGGAAUUAUUACAUUAACUACUAUAUUUUAGAUCCUAAGAUCUGCUCCUUCUUGUAUUUAUGAAGCAGAACUUAAUCUUUCCAGCCUUGUGUUUAGGAGCUUUUCUGGGAAGCUCCUGCCCUACAUGAGCAGAAUGCUCUUCCCAGCUGUACCAGCACUUUAUUUAGUCUACCCCAAUACAAAAAGAAAGUGGCCCUAUCCUCUUUUUCCUACAGAGCACCGCAAUUAUGGAACGACCUCCCGCACACUCAAAUCUUCUCCAAGCCUAAAAUCCUUUAAGAGAUCUCUCAUUACAUACCUCAAAACAGAAUGCACGUGUCAUGGUUGAUUAUUUGUUUCCUACCUGUUCUAUGUUAAGUUAUAUAAUGUGUAUUAAUAUUGUUUUUGUAUUUUAUUGUAUCCUAUUGUAUCAAUGCAAUGUUUUGUGGACCCAGGACAUUGAAAACAAGAGAAAUCUUAAUGUAUCUUUCCUGGUGAAAUAUUUUAUAAAUAAAUGUUAUUCCAUUUACAUAUAUACAUAGAUACAUACAUACAAUUUUCUUCGCACAGCCAUGGUUGUAUCUAUUUUUUUUUAAAGGACCACUAUAGGUCCAGCUAGGAUUAACCCUUUCUUCUAUAAAGAUAGCAGUUUCAGAGAAACUGCUGUGUUUAUAUCAGGGUUAAUCCUGCCUCUAGUGACUGUCUCAUUGACAGCCGCUAGAGGCGCUUCCGCGCUUCUCACUGUGAUUUUCACAGUGAGAAGACUGCAGCAUCCAUAGGAAAGCAUUGAGAACGCUUUCCUAUGGACUGGCUGAAUGCGUGCGUGCGCGCGUGCGCAUUCGGCCUGAUGAGGAGGAGAGUUCCCCGCCCUGCGCUUGAAAAAGAGGUAAAUUUAACACCUUCCACCACCUAGAGCCUCUCAUUCUUAAGCAAUAAGAAACGUUAACUUUUUUUUUUUUUUUUUUUUUAAAGCAAAAAGCUUUUUAAGUAGUUCCGUCCACUCCAUCUGAUGAGUGAAUUUGGAGUUUGAGGCCAAAUUAUAUAUGAGGUCAUAAGGAAACUUGAUCCGUGGAUGAGAAUAAGCAGCUCCUAGUAGUAGUCAGCACCUGAACUGGGAGGGUUUACCUGCAAUAUUAUACUAGUCUGGGAAAAAAACAACUAUUUCCAAGGUCUAUUAAGCCAAACUUUCACAAGUAUGCAAAGUACCCUCUUAACCUAUGCAAACUAAACGUACGUGUGUGUAUUUAUUUUCAAGUUUUUAGUAAAAUUGUGUUUAUUCAUGAUUCUACACAUGUUUAAUGCAAUGCUAUAUUUCUGUUCCAGUAAUUAGUUUGCAAUGAUAUUUAAUAGGAUUUCAGUCUGUGAAAUAUGACUGGGUCUUUCAGCAAUUAAAACUGUGCUGACAGAUUUACUACUUUUUAUUGAAGGUCUGACAUUUUUGUUUUACAAUUCAGUGAAGUGUGCACCACAGACUUUUGCUCUUGAUGUGGCAGAUGCAGGUAUAGAUUGAAGGUUUUUAUCUUUUAUUUUUUUUCCCCUACUGUAAAUGAGAAAUUAUGUAUGAAAAGAAGCUUGAGGCAAACUAUCAACUGAAAUAUUGUUAGAGAAACAGAGUUAGCAGGUGCACACUUGAGACAGUCUUUGAUGUUCUUAGCAUUAGUGUUUUUCUUGCAUUCCAAAAGUUUAGAAAACCGAAUAAUUUGUAGCCUGUUCAGUGACUUUGCUAAGUUAAUUAAGAUGCAUUACAAUUCCAUUUUCCUAUGGUCCUUUAUCCGUCACUGCUGUGUUGUUUCUUGGUAUCCUUAAUUACAGCGGUACUAUUUUUUUUUUUUUUUUCUACCUAUAUUUUUCCAGACUGAACUAUAUUAUCUUACUCUAUGCUAUGAGGACAUUUUAGAGUCUUGAUCACAUUCACAGAGCAAACACUAUACAUAUUUAGUAAUAGAAGGUAGGUCUGUUUUAAGAAGCACUGAAGGACUAAGAUUAAUUUUUAUAUUGUGUUAUGCAAUAGACAAUGCAUUAUGUAAAUGACAAAACAAAAUACAGGUUUUUGAGCUGCGAACUUGGGCGCAGUUUUCCAAUUUAAAGACUUCUCAUAAAGCAAGCCUGGAGUCCACAGACAUGGGGAGAAUGUAGACAGGCUCUAGCAGAGCACACUUGUCACUUAUAUUAUCGCUGUGGAGCUAGCGGAAGAUAAUCUCCCUGACUGUUCGACAGCCAAUUAUGCAUUUUUGCAAUGAUUUAUAAAAGUGCCAAUUUUAAUUGAAAUCUGUACUGUAGUAAACUACUAUUAAAAUGAACAUAUGCUAACACAUAAAGCACUUCAGUAACCUCAAGUGGUUUAUCUGUGUGGAGUCUUCCAUUAAGGUUCUUUAAAGGGAAACUCCAGUGCCAGGAAAACAAUUUUUUUUUCUUGGUACUGCAGAUCCCCUCUACCUUCCACCCAGGGUCGGUGCAAGGAUUUUUGCCACCUUAGGCAAAAAAAUUUUUGCCGCCCACCAUGUGACAUCACAAUGCUCCGCCCAUAUGCUCUGCCAUAUGGGCCAACGCCAGUCUUCACAAAGUGUCUUUUAUCUGAAAAGACAGUGUGUUUACAUUAAAAAGCCUACAGGCACAGGCUAUAGACACCAGAACCACUACAUUAAGCUGUAGUGCUUCUGGUGACUAUAGUAUCCAAUGUGAGGUACAUUAGAGAUUAGUGCCACUAAUAAUAUAUUGGAUUGCCUACUUACCACCAGAUGAGGACAAGAGGCUGAUGAUGGGCUCAGUCUGGCUCCACAGGUCUGGUGUAAAACAGGAAGCAGCGCCAUUUUUUGGGGCCCCUUACACAGCUCAAGGUCUGGGCCCCCAGGGCUUGACCGUGAGUAUGCCUACAAUGCCCACCCAUAAAUCCACCUACAUGGCCCACUUAUGAGUUCUCUCACAGGUAGUGGAGUGUAUGUGUGUAGGGGAUGUUUUAUGUGUUAUUGUAGAGGAUGCAAUGUGUGUGUGUUCUUAUAGAAUGUAGUGUAUAGGGAUACCAAUUUGUGUAAGGGAUGUAGUGUGUGUAUAGUGGAUGCAGUGUGUGUUUGCGUGUAAGGAAUGCAUUGUUUGUUUCUGGGUGGGUGUGUGUGCGCAAGGGAUGCAAGGUGUGUUUCUGUGUAUGCAAUUGAAUGCAGUGUGUGUCUGUAAGGGGUGCAUUGAGUGUGUCGGGUGUGUCUGUGUUAGUAAGGAUGCAUUGUAUGUUUCUGUGUGUGUGUGUGGGGAUGAAUUGUGUAUGUGUGUAGUGUAAAAGAGAGGGUUUGUGGGGUAGGAUAGGGACUGAGAGGGGAGCAGCUCUUUAUUUUGUUUAAAAAAAAAAAAUUCAUAGUGCUCUCCCCUCCUGUCAAUUAGUGUUCUCUCUUUCUGUCCCUUAGUGCUCUCCCUUGGCCCCCUGUCCCUCUGCAGUCCCCCCUUGGUGGUCUUCUCACUCCCCUCUCUCCCUCUUAGUGGUCCUCCCUCCCUCAGUGGUCCGCCCUCCCCCCCCUUGGUGGUCCUUCCCUCCUGCCCCAGCAGUGGUCCUCCCUCUGGACCCCCUAGUGGACCUCCCUCUCCUAAGUGGUCCUUACUCCUCCCCCCUCUCCCUCCUUACUCCCCCCCCUCUCCCUCAGGGUCCUUACUCCCCCUCCCUCAGUGAUGUACUCCCCCUCUCCCUCAGUGGGUGCCGCCUCCCCCCUCUCCCUCAGUGGUCCUUACUCCCCCCCCUCUCCCUCAGUGGUCCUUGGUCCUUAUUCCCCCUCUCCCUCAGUGGUCCUUACUCCCCCCUCUCCCUCUCCCCCCCCCUCCCUCAAUGGUCCUUACUCCCCCCACCCCUCUCCCUCCAGUGUGGUCCUUGUUCCCCCCCCCUCUCCUCAGUGGUCCUUAUUCCCCCCCCUCUCCCUCAGUGGUCCUUACUCCCCCUUCUCCUCAUUGGUCCCUCCCCCCCUCUCUCAGUGGUCCUUACCCCCCCCUUACCCCCCCCCCCCUCUCCCUCAGUGGUCCUUACCCCCCCCACUCUCCCUCGGUGGUCCUUACUCCCCCUCUCCCUCCCCCCCUCCCCCCUCUCCCUCAGUGGUCCUUACUCCCCCCUCUCCCUCAGUGGUCCUUACUCCCCCCCCUCUCCCUCAGUGGUCCUUGCUCCCCCCCUCUCCCUCAGUGGUCCUUGCUCCUCCCUCUCCCUCAGUGGUCCUCCCCCCCCUCCCUCCCCCUCUCCCUCCUUACCCCCUCUCCCUGGUGCUUACCCCCCCCUCUCCCUCAGUGGUUAUCCCCCCCUCUCCUCAGUGGUCCUUGCCCCCCCCCUCUCUCCUCGUGGUCAUAUCCCCCUCUCCCUCAGUGGUCCUUAUCCCCCCCCUCUCCCUCCGGUGGUCCCCCCUCUCCUCAGUGGUCCUUACUCUCCCCUCUCCUCAGUGGUCAGUGGUCCUUGGUCCUCCUCCCCUCGGUGGGUCCUUACUCCCUCACUCCCCUCAGUGGUCGCCUCCCCCCCUCCCUCAGUGGUCCCCCCCCUCCCACUGCUUACUCCCCCCCCUCCCUCCCAGUGGUCCUUACUCCCCCCCCCCCUCCCUCAGCGGUCCUUACUCCCCCCCACCCUCCCUCAGCGGUCUUACUCCCCCCUCCUCUCAGCGGUCCUCCCCCCUCUCCCCAGGUCCUUACUCCCAGUGGUCGCGGGUCCCCCCCUCCUUGGUUCCGCGCCGCCCGGCCACGCUACAUUUUUUGUGCUAUGAUACAGGAAGUGCCCUCUAGUGGCUGUCUAGUAGACAGCCACUAGAGGUGGAGUUAACCCUGCAAGGUAAUGAUUGCAGUUUAUAAAAAAAACUGCAAUAAUUACACUUGCAGGGUUGAGUAGUGGGAGAUGGCACCCAGACCACUCCAAUGGGCAUAAGUGGUCUGGGUGCCUGGAGUGUCCCUUUAAGUACAUGUACUGCUAAUUCUCAGUGCUUGUAGGGAGUUAUAGCCAACAAUUCUUUAGUCAGUCCUGACCCUUUUACUGUAACUAAUGGAGUGUUGUGCAAAUGCCCUGUAGGGUUUUGGCUUGUAGCUGCAAUUAUUUGUGCAGAGUACUGUAAUUAUUUUUUUAUUUUUUUUUAUAAAGGAGACUGGAAUUUAAGAACCCCUUGUACCAUAACCUAUUAAAGGAGCAUACAUGGUUAUAGUGUUUUUGUAAGUUGAGUCCCAUCACCUAAUCACUUUACAUUGGUAUGACAUAGAGAAUGUAUUUUUUUUCACACCCAAAAAGUUUGUUCCUUUAUUUUUGUUUAAAUUUAGGGCCUCUACCCUUAGUUUAGUUUAAAGGGACACUAUAGGCACAAAAAUUUCCCUUAAAUGAUUGAUUAACCAUGUUUAUCUUUUCUCUAGAUAAUGUCAAAGAUCAUCCUCAGCAGCAACCUGGUAUGAUUUCCCGUGUAACAGGUGGCAUUUUCAGCAUCACCAAAGGAGCUGUUGGAGCCACCAUAGGAGGUGUCGCCUGGAUCGGAGGAAAAAGUUAUGAAGUUACCAAAACAGCGGUCACAUCUGUACCUAGCAUAGGUGUUGGAAUUGUCAAAGGUGGAGUGUCUGCUGUCACUGGUAGUGUCGCUGCAGUGGGAUCUGUUGUCUCCAGUAAAGUGAGCGGGAAAAAAAAAGACAAGUCUGACUGAUUCAAGCUAUUCCUGACUGAUUCGAGCUAACCCCAGCCGUGAUAUGACUUCUGGGACUAGUUGAGCAACAGCCACACUACAUAAGACUUUUAUUUUAAUAAUGCUGUUGUGGCUGUUGGUGUAAGCACAUGAAAUCACAGAAGAAAAGCCAUGAUCUCAGGCUAUGAAGGUUCAUUCAUACUGCAGUUCAUUUGUUACAUUGUAAUACUCCAAACCAAAUCAUGUGUAUGAAGGUGGGGGAAAAAAACCUAGUUUCAAUAUUCUGUUGCAAAAUGCAAUUUGUUAGAUCUGCUAUGUGCAUUUGUGAGUGUGUGGGGUUGUGUGGUUUUUGUUUCAUAUUACUGUUCUGCACCAUAAUGUAGUCCCGGCUGGCUGCAUCUAAUUGCUUUUUUUUCUAUUUGACUGUAAGACAUAGGUCAGAUUAGCACAUGCAUAAAUGAGUAGAAAUGAAUCCUAAAUAGGAAAGUUUUUUUUUUGUUUUUGUUUUUUUAUUCCUCCGCUUCAGAGCCAAUGAAAUUGUGAGUGAAUCCAAUAAGUUGGGGGAAAAAAAAGCUGCAUUUUAAGGGUCACUUGAGCUGUAUUUUUAUAGGUGUCCAACAAUUUCAAUUCUUGUAGCUACAAAUUGAAACUUUUUUUUUUUUUUUUAAUUAUGUUUGUAAUACAAUAAAAUUCGGUUGGUCCGUGCAUUAGGAGCAAUUUUUUUUUUCUCUGCCUAUAUUUUCUUUUUAGUUGCUGCUUGACUAGUUUUGUGCACCUUCCUUGCAUUUUUUUGGAAUUUUUUUUUUUUUGCUUGUAAUUUAUUCUAAGACUUAAAAUCACAUUUUAUUUUAAUUGUGAUCACGUUUUAGUCCUAUUUUCUGGCGAUGUUAGUGCCUUAUAGCGUAAAAAAAAAAUACCUUAACCUCAGGAACACUACAUAUUUUUUUUUUUUUUUUCCCUACACAGACUGCCCCGUAACAUUUGAUCUUUCAUAGUUUAAAAAUCCAUUUGAACACUCCUUAUACAAUUGUUAUGUAAACCAGGACUUCUUUUACUAGUGUCAUUGAAUAUCAAAGGUCCAGUUUCAGUGGGGAUAUUUAUAGAAUAUGGACUGUUCUGACCAGCGAUGAUGAGUUUUUUUGUUUUUUGUUUUUUGUUUUUUUUUAAAUAUACUUUGAAAAUUAGCCUGCUUGCGCUCUUUGAAUACAGCAUAUAUUUACUGUAUUUUUUUUAUGCAUAAUUUUACUGCUGAAUGCUCAGUCGGCGUGCAAUGUAAUGUUCUGUUAUCAGCCAAUGUGUUUGGUUUUUUUUUGUAUUUUUUUUUUUUUUGUAUUUUUAAUAUUCCUUUCAGAAUUGUGUGAAGAUCUUCGACCACUUGAACUGUGAAACGUGGUGAGAAUAAAAAAUAAAGGUUGUGCCUGAAUGUUUUUCUGAAUUUUUUUAUUUUUUUUUAUUCUGUAAAUAGAAAUCUGUCCUUUUAAUGCUGCAUAACAUAUAUAAGAAAACAAUGUGGAAAAUGCUCAUUGGAAUUAAAGGAGACAAUCAAAACACCUUCAUGUCUCUUGUCAGUCUAUAUUUACAGUGAUUUGUAAAAAUCACUUUUAGCUAAAUGCCUGCAAAUUCUGAGACUAUAUAAAUCUCAUAACAAGGAGCAGACUUCUUUGGAAUGUCAUUGUUUUUUUAAAGGAGCCUGUACAAUGCUGCUAGUAGCUUCAUUCAUGCAAAAGUACAUGUGAGGCUAUUUGUCAAGCAAAUACAUACACUAUGAUGUGGUUGCUGUAAGCUUAUGAAGUAGCUACAGAUUUGAAGCAAAUUGAUUAAAAAUGGUUUUUAACUUUGUGUUUUGGUUUUAAAAUUGUAGAUUCAAUUUGCAUAUUUAGCAUAAAUAAAAGGAAAUAUUCCCCAAGUAAGUGGAUUAAUCUCAUAAGAGCAGGCAUUAGGAUGCUAGAGUAGGACCUGCCAAGAAUGGGGUACAUUAACGUGGUGGCAUACUGGGGCGGCCUUAUGCAAUAUAUAAUCAUAUACUGUAACUUAAACCAUUAUUUUUGCCUAGAUUAGGUUAUUUUUAAUAAAACAUAUUCUGUGAGUCUUGAAAUUGCUGUUUAGUGAAUGAGUGCACUGAAUCUUGUAUGUAGUAUAAAUUGGCCCCAGCAGCACUUAUAUGUACCUUGUAUGGUUUUUUUUGUGUGUGUGUGUGUGUGUGUGUAUAUGUAUGUAUAUGUGUGUGUGUGUGUGUGUGUGUGUAUAUGUAUGUAUAUAUAUAUGUGUGUGUGUGUAUAUGUAUGUAUAUAUGUGUGUGUGUGUGUAUAUGUAUAUGUAUGUAUAUAU